AAUAGACGCUCCCUUCUCUAUCUUCUUCUUCGUUUUCUGUUUUUUGAAAUACUUAAUACUCUAGUAAACCCUAGAUCCACAAGUUUGAAUUCGGCUUUCAUUUUUUUUCAUUCUCAAUCCAAUUAAGCGACGAUUAAGUUUAAGGAGAUUGAUUUGGUGUAGAUUUUGGGGGGUUUUCGAGCUUAAUCAGUUGUUAGGAAGUAAUUAUAUCUGUUGGUUCCAAUGGUGGAGUUAAGAAGUCGCACCAAUUUGAACUCUCAAUUGCAUCAUAUCCGGGCCAUUAAAGAGGGUUCAAUCAAAAUAGUGAUGAAUAUGGAUGCAAGAAGGAAAUCAAAGCUCAGAUUUAGACAAUUGGUUGAUGUAUACAACCUGGAACACGGUAAAGAUGAUGAGUCAAUUCCAAGAGUUGUCAGGGAGUUGGAAGAUGUUUCUGAUAUUACACAAGACUCGUGUCUGCUUGGUGCUGAGGCAAGUGUGAAAGCUGAUCCGGAAGAUUUUAGCAUGAUAACACUGGAGAACAUUCGGAAACAAUGCAAAGCCAAGAAAAGGAUACUUCGAAACCGCAGAGAUGUUGAGACAGCCUCAAGCGUUGAAGUUAAAAAGGAGUACUUGGCUCAAGAUGAAGGUUGUGAUACUGAGGAGCCUCUUAGCAAUUGGGAUACGAAGUUCUCCAAGAAAAGAAAGAGAAAACAGGAGCGUAAAGCAAAAUGUGGUUCUACUUCCCCUCCAUCUGUGGAAAAUGUUUAUUUGCCUGUGUUCGUUGAUGUGAAGCCUGAAGCUUGGGAUGAUAGCUACUCGGUCUCUGAAGCCAUGGAGUUGAUUCCUGCUGAUCCUUUACUAGAUUGUAGCAAAGCGUCAGAAUCUCAUACAAAUACGGUGUUGGUGAAAGAAAUAAUUCUCGAUUCGUCCAGGGACAUGAGACUGGUUCCAUCUGGCAGUGCAGAGCCAAAUUUUCCCGGAAUGGUAGCCAUUGAAGAUCCCUUAACUAUAAAGCCGGUGGAGGAAGCUUUUGAAGAAGCAUCAGAAGAGUUUAACGAUGCUAGGAAAGCUCAAUGCUGUCUUGCUGAUUAUAUUGCUUUUGAGGAUAAACAAAUUGUUUUGUUCAGUAGUGAAUCUAGAGAGGAGAUGGAACUGGAUGUUGCUCAACAUUCAGAAACUGAGAACAUUGGUUGUGUCGGAAACCUCAUUUGUUCUUACGCAAGCUCGGGGUACGAAGAAGUUAAAGAGGAUGAGGAGAACAAUGAUUUAAAGCCUAACUUAGAUAUGAGCGUAACUGGUUUGGAGAUGGUGAAAAUAGAAGUUCCAGAUAUACUUGCUAUUGAUUACCCGCGUUUGCCCAUUAUCAAUUUUUGUGUAGAAAAUACCGAGAUUGAGUGGGAAACUGAAGACAUUACUAAGGAUAAUUUUUCUGAAGCAACUGAUAUUCUCCAGCUGACCAGCUGUUGUAAUUCACUGGAUAAUUUGCAUCUCGAUCCUGAUGACAGUACAAUUGCAAUAGGAGAAGAUCAUUUGCGAGAAAGGUUGCAACAAUCUGUAUACUCCAAACAUCAAGAUAAAGCAGGAGACCACAAACUAUCACAACUCUAUAAGGAGCCUGAUGAGGUUCAAAAAGUUGCAGAGUCUGACAGUAUCCAGCAACAACAGCCGCACCACCAACCAGAAAAACUACUCUCAGGGAGAAAGACUUUAUCUCCCACCUCUCAAGCAAAACUUCGCAAGGAAAUGGAGCACCCUGAUUCACCUGAGAAAAGGAAUAAAAAAUCCAAAGGGAAACUCUACUUCAGUAGCCAAAACUCGCAUAGGAUCCUGAAGGCUCAAGGGCUGGAUAACAUCGACCGAGUGGAAAUCAUUCCAAGCACAAAGCAAGCCAUUCAAAAAGCAAAGAAUAAUACUCGGCAAGCGAAGUAUCAAAGAGCCACAAACAAGUUUCCACGUCGAGAUACUCAAGCUACAAAAGCACAGCCUUUCAGCACUGGAUGCAAUUCUAUACAAGUAUGCUCGCAGAAAGCUAUUGCCUUCUCGCAAGGGCAAAUGCGUGAUUUCCAGUGUGUUGCGGCCAGGCUCACAAAAGAGCUGAAAUCGAUGAGAAAAAUAACAAAGAGAUGUCUGCAAGCUGAAAGCAACACCGCCAACAUGUCUGACCGUAACUUAGAUGAGGUAAAAACUGUAAUUGGAAAUGCAGAAAAAACAGAAGAGAGUUGCAAGAAAUGGCUUUCAAUGAUAGAGCGUGACUGUAAUCGGUUUUGCAAACUCAUGGGUAUGGUAAAAGAAGAUGCUCCAGCUACUGAAAACAUUGUUCAGAAGAAAAAGAAGAUAAAAUUUGCAGAUGAUGCAGGAGGAGAUCUUUGCCAAGUCAAGGUAUUUGAGAUUGAUUUGGAAUCUGAACUAUAAACAAAGUUCUGUAACAGAAGUGUAACGUAAAACUCUUGACACCAUUUGUAUAUUUACAUUGUAUUGAGAAAUUUAACGAGAUGUACUGUAUAAUCGAUUGAUUGUAGUCCAAAACCAAGAUGACUUUUACUUA